AUGGUCUCUGCCGAGUUCGAGGGGCAGUUGGCGUUCGAGGGCGCCUCGGGCAGCGCCGAGGCGCAGCUGGCCUUCCAGGAGGAGUUCGCGCUGGCGGAGGGCGUGGCGGCCAAGCGCGCGCUCGUGCAGCAGUCGUUCGUGCCGGGCUCACCCGACUUCUGGUUCUACUCGGCGCUCUGCUCGACGCUGGAGGUGCAGGCGCUGGCGGAGGAGGAGAAGCUCGAGCAGGCGUGGCAGAGGCUGAAUGAGAGCAAACACGACCUGCAGAGGGCGGAGCGGGAGCUGACGAGCAGCAACUGCUGGAGACGCGCGCAGAGGAUCGAGCGACGCAGGCUCAUGCUGGAGCUGGAGCUCACGUACAGACUCAAGAGACCGCAGGAGGAGAUUUCGAAUGUGACGCAGCGGGUCACGACUGCGCUGCAGGUUAGUCAUCAUGACCCUGAGCCCGCUGGGGUGACAACUGAGGCGAGGAAGGAAACGUACCCAACCACAUUGAAUGGGGUCCUCAGAGACUUGGAUGUCUACGGUCGUGAGAAGGCGUUCCAGCAGAUCUGUGCAUGGGGCGAGCCAAAUUGGAGGCUGCUCACAGUCUUUCUGGACAGCUACCCGUUCGAGUUCGCGGAUAUCCCAGGGUAUCUGGACAUUAUUGUCAAGGAUGUCGAGCGGAAGAAGGAGACCGACAAAGACUACACUUUCAAUUUCCGGGCUGCGCAUCGCAUGUUGUCGUUCCAGCAACUACUGGAGUGUGCACGAAAAGCACCUGACCUGUUUCGCAGUAACUACGAGUUUGCGGCUCGUGGAAUACAGCUACUUCGUGCUGCUGCAGAGGUGGACAGCGCACAGUGCUCUGACCUACGAAGCGAAACGCUGAACAUGAAGGAGUUGCAGCACAUCGCGACGUAUUUGGAGUUCUUACGCGACUUUACUCCGACGGCAGUGAAUAGGAUUCGCGUGCUGAUACUCUACCGAAAGCUCGAGCUGCUGAACGUGAUGUGCUGGACGAACCCAAAUGCCGUAACCGAGCUGCUAAAUGCUCUGGUGGAAUAUGUGCAGAUCGCAGGUGGACCUGCGUUGGGAGUGUUGUACGGUCUUCACACUUUCAGUGGUGUAUGUGGGUUCACUACUGUGUCAUCGGCGAGUCAUGAGGCAAUGAUCCGAAAAAGUCUGAAAACACUAUGGUCGUCUGAAAUCGAUGGUGCCGCUGUAUUCAAU